AUGUCGCUGUCUUCUAGAAAAAAGCUUCUUUUGAUGGGCCGCUCUGGCUCGGGCAAGUCGUCGAUGCGCUCGAUCAUCUUCUCCAACUACUCAGCGUUCGAUACCAGGCGCUUGGGCGCCACCAUAGACGUGGAACACUCCCAUUUAAGGUUUCUCGGGAACAUGACGCUCAAUCUUUGGGACUGUGGUGGUCAAGAUGUGUUCAUGGAUAACUACUUCACCACUCAAAAGGACCACAUCUUCAAGAUGGUGCAAGUGCUUAUUCAUGUGUUUGACGUGGAGUCCAAGUCCAUCAAUAAGGAUAUAGACAUAUUUGUCAAGUCGCUCACGAAUUUGCAGAAGUUCAGUCCUGAUGCCAAGAUUUUCGUCUUGCUACACAAGAUGGAUUUGGUGCAAAUCGACAAAAGAGAGGAGUUGUUCGUGAUCAUGAUGGAUAAGCUUCAGAAGAUCUCGAACCCAUACCAGUUCAAGUUGGUCGGGUUCCCGACAUCUAUCUGGGAUGAGUCCUUGUACAAAGCAUGGUCGCUGAUUGUGUGCUCGUUGAUCCCCAACAUGAAUCUUUUCAACAGCAACUUGUUGCGCUUUAAUGAGGUUUUGGAUGCCGAGGAGAUCAUCCUAUUUGAAAAGACGACGUUCUUGGUCAUUUCUUCCACGGCAUCCAUACAGCGGCAACAGAACGGCCUGUCUGGCGUGAUCAACGGGUCAGUAGAGUCAUUAGACCCAAAGCGGUUUGAGAAAAUCUCCAACAUCAUCAAAACCUACAAGCAGUCCAUCACAAAGUUGAGAACAAGCUUCAACAAUUUAAUUAUUCGCGGCUCCAACGGCACGAGCUUCUACGUGGAUAUUCUCACGGAUAAUCUCUUCAUCAUGAUUGUGCUCAAGGACAAGAGUGCAGAUGACAACUACGUGAAUGCACGGGAAGACCUUGUCAUAUUAGAAAACAUCAAGGCUGCUCGCCGCUGGUUUGAGAAGAUUGAGAACGCCAAGUGA